AUGACCAAUCCCCCAAAUUUAAGAAAACAGGAAGCCCGACGGGGUUGUCCAAGAACGUGGAACACCAGGUACCGGGUGAGCGAAGCUGCGGCUGCCUUCAAACCCGGAUUCCGCUUCGGUGCACAGAAAUGGUGCCCGGAGGCCGCUACUUUCGCAUCUGCGUCGCUUCUGCCUCCGCCGACAGAGCCUCUUUUCCCCUCCCCCACGGGCGGGGCGGCGGCGGCCUCCCGCUCCCUCGGACCCGGGAGGGAGACACGAAGGCGACUCAGCGACGAGGCUGCGCGUGGCUCCCACCCUAAACCAUCGCCCUCGGAAGCCCUACUGCUCCGCGUCCCCGUACUGGCCUCCCCCGGCGCCUGGGAGCUGCUGCGCUCCCGGUCCCGCUCCCCUUCCAGGCCGCCACCUCAUCUCCAACAAACCCGGGCCCCACCUGUGCCCUCCGGAACGUCCGUCCACAGGACGCGCGCCGGCCACCUCCCCUCCCGCGCGGCCUUCCAUCCCGCACCUGAGAGGAAAGGCUCGGCUUCUUUCACGCACACUCGGCGGCGCGGCAGCCGACAAGAACAAUGUCUCUUCGCCGCGACACUCCGACUCCAGGGCUCACUCCCAGGACGGUUGCCUCGAGCCGGGCGCGCGAGUGUCCCCUUCCGACCCCGCUCCGACCUCCCGCCCGGCCCCGCACACACCUCCAACCAGCAGCGGCGCGGGGACGUCGCGCGGGGUCACCAGGGGAGCCGCCGAGGACCGGCUGCAGCGGAUUCUUCUCGCUCGCCGCCCCCUCCCUCCGACGAACCGCAAGCCUCGGCAGCCGGGGAGCCGCGAGCCCGUUUCCCCUACAACCACCUCUUCACAGGCGCCAGGCGCUGCGGCUAGCGACUAGGAACACGGACGUCCCGCCCCCUUUGCCGCCGCCCCCUCUUAUUGUUUUACCCCUGCCGACAGGGCCGGGGAACCCCCCAGCACGGCGCCGGCCAAUCGCGCAUCUCCUCCACGCCUGGGGCCCAACCUUCUCGCGUCUCUAGCGGAGCACGCGCAGUGCGCCGCCGCGCUCACGUACGCUCGCGCCCGGAACGCCGGGGAACCGGAACCGGCCUGAGGCCGCGGCGAGGCCGCUGACCUGACGUCACAAGGCGGCGGCGUUGCUCCUGUGCUGCGGCCCUGGCCUGGCCGCCGUGCGAGAUCGCGUCCGAGCGGGAACUGGUGGGCCGCGCAGCUGUGCCUUUUGCGGCAUUUUUGGAGAGCGAUGUGUCUGGUCCCUCCGGAUUAUUGAUGUUAAAAGGGAGGGAAUUUAGCCAUUUUCUCUCGAACUCGGUGUCUGCAGGUUGCUGCUCUAGACCGCUGUCAAUUUCCUGAGGACACUACUUUGCAAUCGUUUCUGCUUCAUUCCAUGUCUAGUACUAUGCUUGAUACAUUGGUAUUCGAUGGUAGCUACUGAAUGAACAAAUCCAAGAGUUCUGAAGAAAACUGUAAGUGGUUAUUAUAGUUACUCUGUCAGAUAAAUCGUAGUUUGUCAUAUAGCCAUUGUCUUUAAAAGACCACCUCUGAACAGAUUCUAGUUUAAAUUUUUUUUUCUGACAUGAUGUCCCUUUAAAAGACAAGGACAUUCUCUUAUAUAACUACAAUACAAUUAUCAAAAUUGGAAAUUAACAUUUAUACAACACUAUAAUCUACAGACAUUCAAAUUCAUCAAUUGUCCAACUUAUACCUUUACAGAAAAAGAAAAAAAAAAAACUGUUCUCUGGUCCAGGAUACAAUUAAA